AUGAGCGCUCACGUCGUGGUGAUUGACGCGACGGCUAGACGAGCCACGGUGAAAACAACACCCGGCAAGCAUUUGGCGGAUAUCUUGCAAGAAGCAUGCACAAAGCUUGGUCAUAACUCGAGUCAAUAUGGUCUGAAGUACAAUCGCAAGCAACUCGACCUCUCCUUGACCUUCCGGCUCUCGGGUCUGAUCUCUGGCGCAAAGCUAGAGCUCGUGCAACUAUCUCGCUCGCCAUCCGUUGUAACGGUCGCGCUACAACUUCCCGACUCCGAGGCCCGCGGAGCUCCAAAUGGGCGCAUCAUGGACAAAUUCCCGAGCACCACGACGCUGUGGCUCGUGCUGCGCAAAUUCGAAGCUGGAGUCGCAGGAAGCGGUCCUGCGAGGAACCUCACUGCACGUGGUGUUCCUCUGACCGAAGGUGACUCCGGUGCCGGGCGCUUAUACUACGAGAUUCCGGUACUUCAGAUCCUCGGACGCGAGCUCUCAAGCUUUACCGACCUACAAAAGACACUGGGGCAGCUUGGACUCAACGGUGGUAAUGUUCUCAUGCGGCUGAGUUUCCGGCAGACGGAAGAACCACUGGAGGAGGCGAUGACGAAGAUUGCCGAAUACUUCCAGUCAUCCGACGAUGAAGUAUCGGCCGCAGUGCCCAGCCCAGGUCCCGUGACGAGUGUCGCACUGGAGACAAAAAGCGAGCAACGGGAGCAAGCCGAUACUGCGGUUGACCAAGGGACUGCGAGCGGGUCUGCUCCUGCGAAUGCUGAAGAACCCGCUGCUCCCAGCUCUGACACAGCUACUUCAACAUUGGCUGCUGGUCGAUCUGUCACGGUCUUCUCUCCACCGACGAGCGACACGCCGUUGUCCGCACAGAUAACGUAUAACGAAGAAGACUAUGUCCCUUCUGUGGAGCAUGCCAAAGCUCACCAGCGACUCCUCAAUGAGGCUUCUCGCAAUAAACGGCUAUUCACUGAUGCCGAACUCGCGGCAAAAGCUGCCGAGGAAGAGGCACGUCGUGCCGAAGUUCGUGAAGUAAAUGUGAAAGUUCGAUUUCCGGACCAGAGCCAAGUGGUGGCCAAGUUUGGACCGUCAGACUCUGGUUCAACACUCUAUACAUUUGUUCGAAGCUGUCUCACCUCGUCAGUUGCGGCUGAAAGGUUCACUCUCAACAUUUUCUCCAAUCCGUCAACCAUGCGAUCUGCGCAUAUAAACACAAUCCCAGACUCAGAUCAGUCUUUGCUGAUCAAAGACCUUGGUCUGGCGGGUCGGGUUUUGGUGAACUUCUCAUGGCACGAUGCCUCACAGGCCAGUCAGCGUCGAACAGACCUUCUCCGUCCCGAACUGCGCAGCCAGGCCCAGGAGAUCAAGAUCGAGCAGCCUCCGGAGCCCGUCGAAGAGCCGUCUGCUUCUCUCCCUGCCAAAGCAGAGGCAGGUGCGACGCAGGACGGAAGCAAGUCCAGUGGCACUCGAAAGAGCGGUGGCAUGCCCAAGUGGCUGAAGUUGCCGGGGAAGAAGUGA